ACUACGACGAGCAGCGUUGACGCUUGGGUCUUUUGACGCGCACAAGUUAACGAUUAUCACUAUGUCUGGACGCGGUAAAGGCGGUAAAGUCAAGGGCAAGGCAAAGUCCCGUUCUAGUAGAGCAGGACUUCAGUUCCCGGUGGGUCGUAUUCAUCGGCUACUUCGCAAAGGAAAUUAUGCCGAACGAGUUGGUGCUGGAGCUCCGGUAUACCUCGCCGCUGUGAUGGAGUACUUGGCUGCUGAAGUUUUGGAAUUAGCCGGUAAUGCUGCCCGGGACAAUAAGAAGACCAGGAUUAUUCCUCGUCAUUUGCAGCUGGCCAUUCGUAACGAUGAAGAGUUGAACAAACUGUUGUCUGGAGUUACUAUUGCCCAAGGUGGUGUUCUGCCCAACAUUCAGGCUGUUCUCCUACCAAAGAAGACCGAGAAGAAGGCUUAAAUUUACUACACAAGCAAAUAACCUUAAUCGGCCCUUUUCAGGGCCACAAAAUCGUUCAAUAUGCUUAGAACAACGUCUUGCACAAUCCGCAACCUCAUCUUGUUACCUUCCUAAUAUAACUCAUAUUCGUGAACACUUCAAAUUAUAUGUAUGUACUUUGGUACACAUUUCAAAUCUUGGCAUACAUAUAUCUCUUAAAAUUCGCAAAAUACCUUAUUAAUCAUUAAACCCAGUGUUGCUAAUUCACCGGAUAAAUACGCCCUCCAGAUUCUUUUCAGUGUACUGUGGUAAAUUCAUCGAUUCUUCGAAAACGAUGGCGUAAUUCGUAUAUUCCUCUGCUCAGUUCAAUUGAACUCCGAAAAUUUAUAAAGAAAAUCUUUAUUGAUUGCGUAAAUC